UCAUGUGUCGUAACCCACACCGCAAGGAUUACCUGGCACGUAGCUCGUACUGGUUUCCCUUGGAUAGGUAAAAUAUUAAAACCCUUUGUAUUAAGUUUGGCCGGAUUUCAUUUCAUAUUUGGAUUAUAUGUUUGUUGAAUAUAACCUAUAAAUCAAUCUCUACAGUGUUGUCACAGAAUCACGAACAGGAGGUAAUGCUGUACAACAUAUCAACCCUGAUCUGCUGUUGUAUCAACUGCACAAAUAAUGGCUUACAAUGAACUUGAAAACAUUGAAGCGUAAUCUAUAAAUAGUUGUAACAAGCACAUCACAAGACCUAGUUAAUGCCAUUACGAUGAACAAGAAGAAAACACUUUCCUACGGAUUAUUUGUUAUAUCUUCAAUCGUUUUAUUACGGUAUGCCUACAAGUUCACGCACAACGAGAUCACAAGGUCACAGGAAGUGUCACACAAUCAGCAGCAGACAAACAGAGAAGAUUCUGGAGCAGGGAGUGCCAGGAUUUUUCAGCAACAUCAACCAUUCAAUCUUGAAAACCUAUCCCCCUUGAAUAACGUUAUACAAAGUUCAGAUCUCCAAAUGAGUACAUCUCACCAACCAGCAACAUUCAACAACAGCAGUUUAGAUUCUGCGGCAUCAAAUUUGUAUGGGCCUUUCCUGAAUACAAGUCAGCUGAUCCAAGCAUUGGUAGAGUCACUGAAGUCAAAGCUCGCCGUUUCCGAUCCAAAAGUUGUAGUCAAGAAUAUCGAGAAAAAGUGUCAAGCCAUGAGGAUCGAAUACAACGACUCAUGCAACGAUGCCGAAAGAAUCUGUCCUCAGAAAGUUUUACCGGAAAAUCUGAAGGCCAGAAUCGAACAGCUGGUUUUAAGAGACUCUCUGCAGAUUUCAGAAGAGUACCGCAACGCCAUCAGAAACAUGACUGAUGAAAUUUCCGGUUAUCAUGAUAUCAUCAUUGUGGGUGGCCUGUCUUCUAAUCAUUACAGGGAGGCACAGUCCUUAAUGAAACAUGUCCACGAGGAACUGUUCCCUGUUCUAAAGAACUUCUCCUUUGUGGUCUACAAUCUAGGACUAACGGAAGAGGAAGCAAGCAAAGUACGCCAACACUGCCGAUGCCAGUUUGUCCGAUUUCCGUUUGAGCGUUUUCCUCCACACUUCAAAACACUCAAAUGUUUCGGCUUCAAGCCAACUCUAGUGCGAGCAUUGAUUGAAAAAGCAAACAUCGUUCUUUGGACUGACACGGUGUUUAAAAUAUCUCGAAACAUUACAACGGUCAUAGAUCGAGCGAGGACGAUGGGGAUACAGCAGAUGUAUUUACCUACCAAUUACCCUAAUCCAUCUCACACGCUUGAACAGACAUUCCAUUUUUUUGGGGAUUCCCCUUGCGCUCACAUGGCUUUCAAUCAAGUGGCGGGAGGAUUCGGUAUUUAUCACAAUGAACUUCUGACCAAGAGAGCUAUACUUGACCCUUGGUACGCAUGCGCACUGAAAGCAGAAUGCACUUGCCCGGUUGAUCAGCGCAAAGUGCAAAGAUGUCCUUACCCUUACUCGACCAAGAAAAUUGGACUGUGCCAACGAAAUGAUCAGUCCUCCAUGACACUGAUAUUGUCCAAACUAUUUCGGGAAAAUUAUUUUGAUUUUGUUAUCAAUUUGAAUCGUUUCAACCCCAAAAGUAAGAUUCCAGCUUUUUACAAUUACUUUGAGGAAAUAGAAAAUAAAACGAAAGUCAAUAUAAAUUAACUA